UUGACCAUUAAACGAGAAGGAGCUCGUCAAAUCAAAUAUAUACUCAACCACCUCAAGUGUAGAAAAAAGCAAACGAUAUACACAUAUACGUACAUACAUAACGGUAAACGGUAUUUAAGAAAGCGUUAGCAAUAAGUGAGCAUUAAUAAACAUACAAACGUCGGCAAGCACUCAACUAGUGAAGGGUAUUUGCUUGUUAAACGCGCAUAAAGUGUCUUAAGUUGUUGAGAAGAACGUUGUACAAAUCUAUAUAGUACACAUAUAUCACCGCAGAUAAUAUAUAAAAGUUGUACAAAUAUAGCUACAGAUAAUAUAUACAAGUUGUACAUAUAUAACUACAGUUAAUAUAUAGAAUUUGUAUAAGUAAAUAAAACACUUGAGGUGAAGCUGAUUUAGUUCAGCAUCGAAUCUAUUGUGUGAUAUUAAUAAAAGUUACUCAUAAGCGGUGUUCGAAAACAAACGUUAUUAACGGUAAACGUGUGCGCCAACAAAUCCACAUUUUGUAAACGUCUCGACAAUUUCGUUUCUUUUGAUACCAACUGCAACAUAUUUCUUCAUGUGAAGCCACAAAAUUGCAGCUAACAACUUUAAUUUAUACAUAAAAAAACCGAACUAGCAAUUGAUAAUAACAAUAAUAAAGAGAGAACGCAACAGUGAGCGGAAAGAGAGAGAGACUAUAUAAUAAGGAGAAGUUAUUCAAGGCUUGUGAUUUAUUUUGAGCUGACAAAAUGACAGGUUUCAGCAACGGAGGUUUCGAAAACGACGAACCAGUGAAGCCAAAAGCUGGUUUUGAGCCAGACACAGCAUCACUCAGAGAGAAAGUUAUUUUAAAUCCGGGCGAAAAAUGGCGCAUUUUGAAAAAUAUCACCAUCAUAUCAUUUGCAUUCAUGGUACAAUUCACAGCGUUUCAGGGCACGGCCAAUUUACAGUCCUCGAUUAAUGCCACAGAUGGCUUAGGCACUGUGUCGCUGAGCGCCAUUUACGCGGCGCUCGUCGUCUCAUGCAUCUUCCUACCCACACUUAUUAUACGCAAAUUGACUGUGAAAUGGACGCUGGUCUUCAGUAUGCUGUGCUAUGCGCCGUACAUUGCCUUCCAAUUGUUCCCAAAAUUCUACACAUUGGUUCCUGCUGGUAUUCUAGUCGGUUUGGGUGCCGCGCCUAUGUGGGCAUCUAAGGCCACCUAUUUGACACAGGUCGGUCAAGUUUAUGCGAAAAUAACCGAACAAGCUGUGGAUGCGAUUAUUGUGCGAUUCUUCGGCUUCUUCUUCUUGGCCUGGCAAACGGCCGAACUGUGGGGAAAUCUGAUCUCGAGUUUGGUGCUUUCGAGCGGCGCUCACGGCAGUAGCGAUUCCAACACAACCAUCACCGAAGAAGAUCUGCAAUACUGUGGUGCCAACUUCUGUGUGCAAUCCACCAAUGGACAUGGCAACUUGAACCGCCCACCAGAUAAUGAAAUCUUCGAAAUCACCAUGAUCUACUUGUCUUGCAUUGUUGCCGCUGUUGCCAUUAUUGCCAUCUUCUUGGAUCCUCUAAAGCGUUAUGGUGAGAAACGUAAAGGCUCACAGUCCGCACAAGAAUUGUCCGGCAUGGAAUUGCUAUCGGCCACCUUCCGUCAAAUGAAGAAACCCAACCAACAGCUACUCAUACCAAUCACCGUUUUCAUUGGCAUGGAACAGGCUUUCAUCGGCGCUGAUUUCACACAAGCUUACGUGUCUUGCGCUUUGGGUAUACAUCAAAUUGGUUUCGUGAUGAUCUGUUUCGGUGUGGUCAAUGCCAUAUGCUCAAUUCUCUUCGGUUCGGUGAUGAAAUAUAUUGGACGUCUGCCAAUUAUUAUACUCGGCGCUGUCGUGCAUUUCACCCUCAUCUCCGUGGAAUUGUUCUGGCGUCCCAGUCCCGAAAAUCCACUCAUCUUCUACGCUAUGUCUGGCUUGUGGGGUGUUGGCGAUGCUGUAUGGCAAACACAAAUUAACGGUCUAUACGGUUUACUCUUCCGUCGCAACAAGGAAGCGGCCUUCUCCAACUACCGUCUCUGGGAAUCAGCCGGUUUCGUUAUCGCCUAUGCAUAUGCUACCACAUUGUGUGCGCGCAUGAAGCUUUAUGUGCUUUUGGCUGUGUUGGCUUUAGGAUGCAUCGGCUAUACUAUUGUCGAGAUUCUGUACAGAAGAAAGCAACGCAAGCUAAAGAAACAAGAGAAAUUGGAGGCUGCCGCCAAGGAGAAGGAAGCCGCUGCCGCAGCAGCCGCCGCCGAGGCUAAUGCCACCGGCGAAGUGGAGGAGACCGACGAUGAGUUGGAUGAUCUCGAAGAGGAUAUUGUUGUGACGCAUUUCUAAGUCCAUCACCGCAUACAUAAACACACACACAAACACAUACUCAUACAUUCACGCAUCUGCAAAACAAAUACGCCUUCCAUAAAGUCAAGCAUCCAGGCAUGUAUGCAUGUAUGUACAAUGCAUAUAUGUAUGUAUGUAUGCAUGUGAAAGUUUGCAUCGGUGUUGGCUGUAAAAGCUCCUUGCUGAAAGCUUAAGAGCACCACAAAUCACACACCCACACACACAUUUAUAGAGACACUCAAACGAUGAAAGCUUUUGUUUUUGUUUGUUAAUCUCGUAUGAGAGCUUUUAAGUGUUGGCGUGUAAGCGUGUUUGAUAUAACUUUUUUGUUUCUUUAUUUAGACUACAAGAAAAGCUCUUUUAUAAAAGGGCGCGUAUAUGCAUGUAUAGAGACAGGGGAAGAGCGCUUGAGACCCCAGCGUGCGGCUUAUCACAAAAAUGCGCAUAAGUCAAAAAUUCAUUUUCUGAAUUUCGAAAGUGACUUUUUGCUAGCAAGCACACGUUUCAAGCCGUCUUCCCCUCACCCAGUUGUUACUUUGUUGAAUUGUAUACAAUUUUGCAUACAAAAAGACACAAGUUUAAAGUAAAUAUUAGCAGAAGUAAUAACAGUUAUGAUUAUUGAAAGCAAUGUGUUAUAAUGAUUAGUAGUUAUUUAGUUCAAUAAGUACAAUAGAAACAUUGCGAACACUUACACAAACACACAAGCACACACAUACACACAAACAACACACGUUAACAUAGAAAAAGACCACUCAUAUAACAUGAUAAUAAGCUUACAAGCCAGGUAAGCGCAAAUUGUAAAUAACUAAAACCGAAAAGUAAUAAACCGAAGUGCGCACAGAAGAACGGAGUUACCAGUAAGAACUGUAGAAAACGAUAAAAGACGAAGAGAAAUUGUUUAAGAGAAAAAUAUUUUAAACCAAAACUGUACAAAAACAAAAGCUGCGCAAAAUGAGAGAUAGAUUUUUGAAAAAGAAAGAAGUUAUGAACUGUGAGGCUAAUGGUGUGCCGUUAAGUGCCUUAAAGGUACGCACACCAACGGCGCUUACAAAAUAAAUGAACAAAAACUAAAUAAAAACACUGUAAACUGUUAAUAGACGUCCGUACCGAAAGGCGUUAUAUAAUUGCAAAACUAAAGUUUGCACAAAAAUUUUGUGAAAAAGUUUCCUUAAAGAAGACAAAACGAAAAUGUAAAAGUAUACAAGCUAUUGCCCGAAGAAAAUGGCAAAAAUAAUACACUUACAUAUAUAUACAUACAUAUAAACAUAAAAAUUAGUUUUAAGGUAACCGUUAUGCUCGUAAGAACCCUCUAGUUUAAAAAUAUAUAGGUAUAAAAUGUGAAAUCAACGCUCAAACACUAAAAAAAAUAUUGCAAAAAAAAGAAGCACAAAUUACUAGAAGUGCUAUUUAAAGAGGAAAAGAAAACAAUAUUAUAUAAUAGUAAUACAUAUGUAUUUUUGUGAGUGCGCGCAUAAUUAACAGGAAUUUAAAUUUAUGUUGUUUUUAUUUGAAAUAAAUUUAAAUGCUGUUUUUAUGCGCGCACAAAACAAUUUGUUUAUAAUUUAAUUUUUUGUUUUUGUUUUGCGUCACUUCUUUUGAGAAGCCGAAUUGUAGUAGAAAUAGUAACGUUAGCUUGCGCAACUCAAAAAAUAUUCCUGAAAGUAAAAAUUAAAUUUAAAAAAAUUAAUUACACUAAUUAAAAUUAAUUACAGUAAUUAAAAAAAU